AGCUGUAUGCUGGGAAAACCUUAACCUUUGAACCGCCGAUCGGGGCACCAGUCGCACCGCAGGACGUGCUCGUCCUCCAUGGCGUGGCGGCGGCCGCGCGCAGAGCAGACGGCGGCGCGCAGCCCGCAGCCCGCGCCCGCGGCCUCCUCCAGCUGCCGCCCUGAGGCGUCCAUGCGAGGGCCGUGGCCAAGCGACCGCGGCCCCCGGUGUGCCCCCAAGCCGCGCGAGGGUCCGUUGACGCGGUCGCACGGGCCGCGGGCUGUAGCGCCUCUUUUGAGCAGGGAUGCAAUGGCGAGCUCCUCUUCCGCUGGCUCCAGUCCCACCAUGUCCAGCCCGGCCGCGCCCUCGGCCGCGCCCUCGGCCGCGCCCUCGACCGAGGCCGUGGGCGCGGAGGAAGCCGAGGGCCGCGGGGAGGCGGGAGCGGACGUGGCGGGCGCGGAGGACGCCGAGGGCGGCGAGGAGGCGGAGACUGGCGGUCGCCUCCGCGAGCAGCAGCAAGACGACCGAGUGCGGAGGCUGACGCCCAGGGGCGCUGAUAUGAAGCUUGCGCUGGUGCACACAUUGCUUCGUCGGCCUCUAGCGACUCUAGUUCUCGCAGCCUCCACGAGGUUUAGCAUGAUAGUUUCGAACGCCGUCUCUCCGUCUGUCGCGCCCGCCUCUCUGACAAAUGAAUGCUGAAUCCAGCCGGAUACAAUCCCGCACUGCUCGAGAGCAGUCUGCAUUGGGGAAGUAUCUGUAUCUCAUGGCCAUGGAGGUGACUAGAGGCAUUAUGUCAGAUGCG